UGUGGGGCCGGCUCCAGCCCGGAGCGCGUGAGUGAGCCGGUGAGUGACAAGGACGCCGGGACUCCCAUGGGCAGCAACUCCUGCCCACGACAGCCAGGGACGCUGGCCACCUCAGGCUCCGCGCUGCCGGAUCACAAGAUCUGCCCCGCGUGAUAACAGCAGGGCAUCCUCAGAUCAUUUUGGAAAGGGGGAAAAGGAUGACAAUGAUGGAUGACCAGUACCCUUCGUGGAUCUUUGUCAACGAGAGGACAUUCAUAACCAGGGAACAACUUAAUUCUUUACUGGAGGCUUAUAAUGUUUUCUAUGAAAACCAAAAAAAUCUGCAUAUUUUGUAUGGACAGACUGAAGAUGGACAGCUGAUUGUUGAAGGGAUGCUGGAUAUUUUCUGGGGAGUAAAAAGGCCGAUACAGCUAAAGAUACAGGAUGAGAAGCAAAUCUCUUCUAUUGAUCUGUUGAACUCACCAGAAACCUUUACCAGCAAAGGGAGGAUGACGCGUUGGGGAGAAUUUGAUGACCUUUAUCGGAUCACCGAGCUGGACGGGAGCCAAGGUCUGGUGUCUGAAGGAAGACAUUCCCCGGAAGACUGUUUAUCUUAUCACAGCACUCUGAAGCCGCAAGCAGAGGAGGAGCCAGAAUCCCCAUUGCUCUAUAGGACCAUGAGCGAGGCAGCAUUGGUGAGAAAAAGGACAAAGGCUCCAGCGAUGUAUAGAAAAGACAGACAGAGCCACAGAGCCUCUAUCAACGGACACUUCUAUAACCAUGAGACAUCCAUUUUCACCCCAACCUUUGGAUCCGAAACUAAGGUCAGAACAAAUAGUAACAUGAGGACUGAAGAAGUAAUAAAGCAACUUCUCCAAAAAUUUAAGAUUGAGAAUAGCCCUCGGGAUUUUGCUCUCUACAUUAUUUUUGGAACAGGAGAGCAGAGAAAGCUAAAGAAGACCGAUGUCCCACUCCUGCAGAGGCUCCUACAAGGCCCAUCCAAAAGCAAUGCCCGGAUCUUCCUCAUGGAUAAAGAUGCAGAGGAGAUCAGCAGUAACGUGGCUCAGUACAUUAAUUUUCACUUUUCUUUCUUGGAAUCCAUCCUUCAAAGAUUAGACGAGGAAGAGAAAAUGGAGACUGAAAGGAUAAUGGCCAGAUUCAAUACGGAAAGGGCCUUUAUACUGAAGUGUCUCCAGAGGAAGCAGGCAGCGAAGACAGAGACCACGGUCUAGAAGCCCAGCCCCUCCUGCCAGCUGGCCCUCCUGGCUGAGCUGGAGAGGACACUGUUGAAUGAAUGUACGGUCGGCUCCCGGGUUCUGAGACCUGUAACCUCGCAGCUGUGGAAAACCCAAUGGCAAACGACCUCCUUCCCCUUCGCAACGAUGAGGUUGGCUGCGGUUCAGAGUUGGACGAAGGCAAGACUGGACCCCCUCUCAGUAACUGAAGGAAGCCUGGGUACCAUGCAGUCCACAUAUCGUUGGUAGCACAUUCCGAGGUUGGAGCGGCCCCUGCUGAUGUCAUGCGCUUGAAACUCGCUUUAUCUUUCACUCGUACGAGAACUGAGAUAUUGGCUGACCCUCACCAGUGACUGGAAAUAAACACUCCCAGUUCUUGAUGUCAACAAGAAACACAUUCUCAAGCCUGCAGGGGUCUCAGUUGACCGUGUUUCAUGGCUGUGUAAGAGCGUUUACAGAAAGUUUAGACGUAAUCUACGACCUUGAUGGUUUUAGCUCCAUCUGUCCUUUCAGAAUAAAAUGGUCUGGGACUUUGUAAAGAAACCUAAACUCAGGGCUGGAGAGAUGGUUAAGUGUUGAAGAGCGCUGUCUACUCUUCCAGAAUACCUGGGUUCAGGUCCCAGCACCCAUGUGAUAGCUCACAAAGGUCUGCAGUGCCAGUCCUGGAGGAUAAGACACCCACCUCUGUGGGCUCUACAAGCUCAAGGUUGCACAGACAUACGGGCAGGCAAGACACCCACGCCCGUAAAAAUAAGUAAAUACUGUUUAUCAAAACAAAACAAAACAACCUUAAAUUCUGAUUUUCUCAACCCAGGCCCUUCAUUCGCUCCCUGCCCUUCUAUUCUCCUGAGGCCAACUUCCAAGCUGUUUUAAGUGUCUUAAAAAUCGGUUGGAUUCAUUUUCUUUUACCUUUGUAAGCAAAUACACCGCAAAUACACCUGUUACUAGCUAGAAGAACACAUGACCCCCAGACGCCCAGCUGUUGCUGAUGAUUGCUGUGGAUAAAGCCAAGCUGCUGCAGCUGAGCCGGGCGAGGCAUCCCAGAGUCCUUGCUGUCCUGUGAGUUACUCUCCAGGUACACACAGGUCUGUCCCCAAACUACUUCAUUUGGCAUCCUAGCUGCUAGCCCUGGAGAAAUCUCUGAAUGCAAACAGAAAACUCUUUCCUGGAGCCCGAGAAACCGCAAUGGUUUUCUAGCACGCCCUCUGCUGGCAAAGUAUGAUAUUGUGCAGGGCGCGGAGGAAGCUGUAAAAGGGUCCGCUCCACCCACCGCUGCCCCCCCCCCGGGUUUUCACAGGGCUGAUCUCAAACUGAAUUGGGGCCGAGAAAAUAAAAACUGGCAUAUCGGCUCAACAAGAUCACUGUUCGCAAAGAUCAAACUAGUCAACGGGUAGGGACGACGCGUGCUGCAGCAAAUGGAUUUUUUCCCCUGAAUGUGUUAGAUGUAAGAUUAGCCUUGUAAGAUGCUGUAUAGACAUCAGAGAUACAGAGGCGUUCUUCAAAGUUAUUACACUGACGUUUAUUGUGACAAAAGGAUGUAAGGAGAGUUAAGUGUUCAAAAACAAAAAAAAAAAUAUGUAAAAGUCAAAACAUUUGCUCAGAAAAAAAUUAUUUAAAAGGCAAAAAAAAAUUUGCUCAAAAUGUUACAAUCAUUAAAUUUUUAUUUUUAUAAUCUAGAUCUCUUUAUGAAGAUAAGAAUAGAAAACCAUAUUGUGAAAUAUCCGUCUCUUAGGUUAUAUAUUUACUUGUGUUUUGCACACGGACACGGAUAUUGUAUAUCCACUCACAAACCCAAACCAAGUUAUGCAAUUAUUUGUGAUUUGUCUCUCUAGCUCUUGUGUGUUAAACAUUAUAUAAUGAUGCAUUAAUUUUCCAAUCAGGAAAUGCAAGAUAUGUUGCAUGAACGUGCUCCACAAAAAGUAAGAAGUCCAUACAAGAACAGAUUCUCACUGGAUGCAAAAUAUUUUUAAUUAUUCAAAUGAGCCAUUGACCUUACCUUUGCGAAGUUUAAAAAAAAAAAAAAAAAAAAAACCCUUUACUAUCUGUCCUCCUUAAUCUUUCUGCAGAUCGUCAGGACGUAAUGAUUGCUGCUUAUUUUUCCCUAAAAAACGAUUAUAAACGUGUGGCAUUCGAUGCGAGGUUAGGUUAGACCAGGAUGUGGACUGACUUGACCCAGGCAAAUUAAUCACAUCGAGAACAUUAAACUAUCCACGCUUUCAGCAGCAGUUCUAAGGGACUGAGCAAGGCAGGUGAGAGGGAGAGCGAGGGACUGGAGAUUCGAUCACGGAGUUGCUGAGGCUCGUUGAAUGCCCGCUGGAUCACUUCCUUAGGCCGUCCUGGGGAAAGCCUAGGACAAGAUCGAGCCUUGAUGGAGAGCUGGGGCUUUCCGCAGAAAGCCAGCAGGCUCCCCAGCUGUCUCCUAAGUGGGUCUGGAGCCUUCAAAGGCGGCACUUAUCCUAAUCGCUUGGGCGCAACUUCCUGAGCCAGAGAACCUGCUAGAGGCACUGGGGUACCAGGUCUUCAGAAACUGUGAGAUCAGAAACUUCAGCUAAACGGUAAAAUGGCUUCAUAGCCCUAGAUGACUGUUGCGCUUUCUGAGGCCAAAUCUACUUCAGCUGUUUUUGUAUAAUGAAAAACCAUAAACUUUUGUCCAAAAUUAAGGGCUUCUCAUUGUUUUAGGUGACCCAGAUAUUUCAUUGAGAGUUACACACUAAUCAUAGUCUGUUGCAUUUAUCAUUGUACUUUUUGUACUUCAUAUCAUGUCUUGUACCUAGGAGGUGCUCAAUAAAAUGAAUAGACAAUUCAUGCAUUCAUGAAUUACCUAAAGUAUUCUUACAACCUCUACUGUACGUACAUCUCCUUGCUCACAAGUCUGAUCCAGUAGCUGGACACGUUGCUAUGUUUAUUUUCUUAUCUAACAUCAACUGCCCCUCCAAAAAACCCACCACCAAAAAUAUCUUUCCUGAGCUCAGGCCUCUGAAAUGUUCAGUUAGCCGGCAUUACAGAGGAAUCCAGUUGCAGGCUGUGCUGAUUGGUUUGAGAAACUGAAAUAGUAAGCAUUCCAUUUCCAAGGCAGCCGAUGAAGGAGAGACACGGCAGACCUAACUUCACCGUGUUGAAAUAAGUACAUGGGAAACGCAUGAUAGGAUGGAAUUAGCAAGGCAGCCUUUAAUGGUAAUCAUUUGUACAUGCAAUAGCAUUUAAUACUUUAGGUUGACAUCAAUAUUUGAUCAGCAAAACCUGAGAUUUCAUAUAAUUCUUGUCCUAUUUGCCUUCUGCCUUGCCCAGCUUAUAUACACCAACCUGUGUACAAUCUUAAGACGUUAUUCUUUGAAUUCCACUUUAUAUAUGAGGAAAGUAAUCCUAGAAAGGCUAGGAGAUUGACUUAAGGUAUUAAUCAGAAGGAAUGGGUAGGAUUGGAACCCAUGGCCAGCAUGAUGGAUGUUGAGCACUGAAUCCCAGGAGACUAGUUCCAAGACCCUGCUUCAGACAUCGCCAUCUAAUGACGUUAAAGUACUUCCUAUAAAAUGGACAAUUUGUGUAUACCCUCCAGCCUCCCAGAUACUCUAAGUCACCCCUAGCUUACUUAUAAGUAGGACAAUGCAAAUGAUAUGUAAAUAGCUGUUACAAUGUAUUGUUUAGGGAGUAAUGACAAGGAAGAACACUGGCACAGCAAUAUUUAAUGGUCUCUACUCCAGUCAACAGAAUACACAGGAGCAGAAGGGAGACGCUUGUAGUUGCUUCGCUAAACAAAUGCUGGUGCUUUGCGUGUAAGAAGUACUGAGUGGAAGGAUCUGUCAUAUUCAAAUCAGUGUAUGUCACACACACCCUUCCCCCAUUGCAGCCUUCUCGUCCACUAACCCUGAUUGCCCUCAGUUACUUUAUUUUUGUUUUACGGCUAGCCAAGUGGGGCUGAGAAGAUAGCUCAGUGGGUACAGGGCUUGCCGCAAAAGCAUAAGGACCUGAGUUCAGAUCCCCAGAAUGCAAGUAAAGCCAGAUGCAGCCCUGUAAUCCCCGGGCUCCUAUGGCAAGAUGGGAAGUGGAGACAGGAGGACCCCGAGAAUCUCGUGGGCAAGCUAGCCCAGUGAACACAGUGGCAAAAAAGGUUGGAGGUGAUAGCCAACAUGUGAGUUUGUCUUUCUGCUGUCACACAUCUGUCAUGGCAGGCGUGUGCCCACACUCAGACACAAAGACACAAGAUUCAAACACAAUACAAAAACCACGGCCAAAUGGGUCACUCACAUUCUCUGAGUCUCUUUUGCUAUGUGUCCAGCUGUUGGAGCCAUGCUUGUCUAGUUCUGGGUAAGCCUCUAUCCUUCGGUGACCUUUCGUGGUCUCAGUUUCACCAAGUGGUCUCCAACCCCUGUGCACUGUGAUUGCUUGCUUCGUGUUUGGAAUACCGGAAAUGUGAACUAUGCCUUUAUUAUAAUGCUUAAAUUGAUUGAGUCUUAGAUCGACACAUCAGUGGCUUCCUAUGUUUAUCUUUAUUCUGUGUGUGUGCAUUAUACAUAAGAACAAGUCUCUAUAGAGGCCAGAAGAGUGGUCCUCCAAACUAGAGACACAGGCAACAAUGAUCUGCUAAAUGUGGGUGUGGGGAACCAAACUUGGGCCCUCUAAAAGAACUGUAUGUGCCCUUAGCAGCUGUCUCUUCUGUCUCCACCACGGUAUUUUGCACCGUGCGUUGAAUGCAUGGAUGGGAUGGUCAACAAAUGUGAAUGUUGCUAAUGUAUGUAAGCGUAUUGAUAAUUCUAGAGUAGGAAGAAAACAAUUAAGAUCAAGUAAAGAGCAUCAUGAAAAGCUUUCUGUUUCUUCAAUCAAAAUGAUUCACUUAUUUAGUAAGCACUAAACUAUUAAUGUUUAUUUUAUCAGAUAAGAGAAUCAUAGAAAAAUUUAAAAGUCCCAAUGAGUCCUGUUAUUUUCAGUAGAAUUUCCGGAGAAAAGAGCAGGCACCCAAAGAUGCCCAAAUUAAUAUAAAUGUAUCAAGAGCCGUUGCUGGCAAUGUCGACACUGCACACAGACAGGAGGCAGAACACAUCCACAAAGGUACCCUCAUCAGCAUAUUUCCCUCAGCUCAUCAGCAGUCAUCCCCAGAAGUGGUACAGACAGCUGCGUGUUGACCUGGAAGUCUUCGCUGCAGGGGCCCAGCAAUCAGUUCCCAGCAAGAUGUGGCUGUAAAGAGUUUAAGUUAGCCAAAAUAUAACUCCAUUUUGAAAUAAAGAUUUUGACUGGGAACUGAAUUCAGGUACUAGGAAAUAUCACAGAAUGUACACCUGGCAGAAAACAAAGUUAACUCUCCUAGCAACAGCCUCUAGGAAAUAUAACAGAAUAAAUGCUUCAUAGAAAAUAGAGACAAACUCCCUGGCAAUAAUCAAUGGGAAUCGCUUGUGAAUCGGGUGGGAAAAUUCUCCCCAAUGUUUCAGAUGUGGUUUAGAAAAAUAGCCAUCAUGAUUAUAUGCCUUAGCCAUUGUGAUUGUGUGCCUCAGAAAAGGUCACCCCGCCCUGCUAAACUUCACCCAAUUAUUUAACGCCAAGACUUGUGCCCCCUGCUUGCUGCCAUGGAAACCCCCGGCUCACAGACUUUCCCUUUAAGAAUCCUGUUCACUCAGAGCUGGGGUCCCACUCCUCUACUGCUGCGUCAGUGAGACUUGGGUCCCGAGUUCGAUCGCUCUCAUAAUAAAGCUUUCUUGCAAUUGCA